AUGGCGUCGAGCACUUCCAACAGCGACGUCUUCUCCGCCGGCGACGGAGGCCAAGCUAAGCAGAGAAUGCUCCUUUCAUCCGAACAUGGGCACUUUAGUUUGGUGAAGGCUCUCCAUCUUGCCGAUUUGGUAACUGAGCUAAAUGGUUUCUUCAUGUCCGUCUUCUCGUCGAUGCGCUAUUGCCUCGGGGACCCCUCUGAUUACGGUGCUCUGUGGGCUGCGCUCGCUUUCAUGCCAUUUGGUCUGUUUUUCGAUUUCAUGGACGGCAAGAUCGCGCGGUGGCGCAAGAAGUCGUCCCUGAUGGGACAAGAGCUUGAUUCGCUUGCGGAUCUGAUCUCCUUCGGCCUUUCCCCUGCAGCUGCCGCGUUCGCCAUUGGCAUACGCGAACCGCUAGAUCAAGUCUUCCUGGCAUUUUUCGUCCUAUGCGGGCUGACCCGCUUGGCUCGGUUUAAUGUGACAGUGGCUGUUUUGCCGAAGGAUUCGAGUGGAAAGUCGAAGUUUUUUCAGGGCACCCCGAUCCCCACAACCCUGUCGAUUGCCUCUCUUAUGGCCUACUGGGUAUCCCAAAGCUGGACUCAUGAGAACCUUCCCUUUGGCGUCAUUGCCGAGGGCACUAUCUUUGAGUUCCACCCGGUUGUCCUUCUGUUCGUCUUGCACGGAUGUUUGAUGGUCAGCAAGACGUUACACAUCCCCAAGCCAUAA